CUAGUGUACUAAGGAAGGAGUAGCAUUCUGCAAAUCGAGGAAAAACUCGGUUGUUCACUGUUGUUUGCCAAGUCCUCACUUUCGAGGACUUGACUCAGCCCCUCACAAUGCCACGGAACGAUGAACGUCCCACCUCCACAUCUACGGUGGUCAGCGAGGACCAGAACAGUGACACAGAGUCAUCGGAAAGGUGCGACAGUUUGACCUCGUCUAGCGAUGUGGACUGUUCUCGCCAGAGCUUCACCAGCGAUUCAUCCAGCAAACACAACUCUCCUUCUUGCAGCCCACCAAAAACCCUAACGCUUGAUGAGGUCAUGGCCUCGGCUCGGGACCUUUCUAAUCUGAGCCUGGCUCAUGAGAUCGUUGUCAACCGGAACUUCCACCUAGAGCCUCCGGAUCUACCUCAAAAUAGCCUGGAGAAGAAAGUUAAGGAUAUGGUGCACAAGGCCUUCUGGGACUGUCUUGAAUCUGAGCUGAAUGAUGACCCUCCUGAAUACGAUUACGCCAUCAAACUUCUGGAUGAGAUCAAAGAUACCCUGCUGUCCUUCCUUAACCCCGGGGCCAAUCGCCUGCGUACUCAGAUCAUGGAGGUUCUGGACAUGGACCUGAUCCGCCAGCAGGCUGACAACAAUGCGGUUGAUAUCCAGGGCCUUGUGUCUUACAUCAUCAAUACUAUGGGCAAGUUCUGUGCGCCGGUCCGAGACGAUGAAAUCAAGAAGCUCAAGGAGAACUCGGGCAACUUAGUGACACUGUUCAAGGAGAUCUUCCGGGUGCUGGACCUGAUGAAAAUGGACAUGGUGAAUUUUACCAUCCAGAGCCUCAGGCCAGAGCUUCAGAGGCAGUCAGUAGAGUAUGAGAGAGCCAAAUUCCAGAGCAUUCUGGAAAGAACUCCCAGUGCUUUGGAUCACACAAAUGAGUGGAUAAAAUCUUCAAUUGAUGAGGCCACUCAAGUCAUGCCACCAUCAGACAAGAGCAGCGAUUCUGGGCAGAGCGGCAAACCCUUACCAGGCCCCACGUUGGUGCUAAAUACAGCCUACAUCAGACUGCUCAUUUGGGACGAGAGCAAGGGCCCGUUGCCUGAGACCCUGAUGACCGAUGAAGUGAGGUUGCAGGAGAUGCAGCGGUCUCUUCAGCUCUAUCAAGCGGUCGCGUCUGUUCUGCUGAUAGUCUACAGCUCAAUAGGAGGGGCCGUGUCAGGCCUGCCCACUCUUGUCGAGCGUCUUAAGAAGAUGACAGCAGUGCUGCUGGAGGGCAUGCAUAGCACUGAUUUUAAUCUCACCGAAGCUCUUGGAAAUGUCAGUGCUCAGAUCUGCUGUGAGGUCAACAAGUCUCUGGCCGAAAGAAACUUCCCAGCUCUCCCGGCUGAAUUGCAGGAAACCUUAAAGGGCCAGAUCUGCGAUGUCACCCAGGAAAACAACCCAAUACGCACUCUUGUUGAGGGAAGAGUACAUCAGUACUUUAGGGUGGUCCUCGCCUCUACCAACUCUCACAGGACGCCCCCUCCCGUACCACCAGGCUUGGGUCUGAUUCAGCCAGAGCUCAUGGGGCUUGGGGUCAGCUUUGUCAACCUCGUCAACUUCAACAAAAAGGUUUACGGUCCUUUCUAUGUGAGCAUCCUGAAGAAUCUACUUUUCAUCGACAUGCAAGCACCAACUCCGCAGAAUGGGAUCAUACAGGGGCCACCAAGCAGUCCACUGGAGUCCAAAUAAACCAGGAUGCAUCAUUUACUUGAUUCGUUAUCAUCACCAUACAUUUCCCUUAUGUGUUUCUCUUGUGUGAAUUAUUUGAUGCUUGAUUCAAGGGAAUCACUGCAGUACGAAGACUGAAGAACAACAGUGUGCUAUGGUGCUUAAAAUUAUGGAUUGGGGGCGUUGUUGCUGUUUAUGAUGUUACAAAGAAUCUAUAUUCCUUGCCAAGUUAUAUUUUUAGCAUCUCUCUAACUGUGGUUUUCACUUGACAGUGUUACUGCAAAGAAAUGCAGUCAUUACGUACAGUAUAUUGACCAUGUUUAGGUGCAAGGCAGAAACUUUUCUAUAUUUACAGUUGUUAAAGACAUAGCCAAAAUAGGCUAAUAUAUUUACAUAGAUCAUUUACAGACUUUUGAGAAUAUGUUAUCCAUUUAGAGAUACCCAAAUUGUUGUUUCCCAUGCCCAUUUUCUAGAUCAUAAAAAAAAAUGUUUAUUGGAGCAUACUGAAAUCCAUCAGCAACAAAGUGAAAUUAGACUUUGUUUGCUACUCAUUAUUUUGAAAGUAUUGUAUUACAAUUGUUAACUGUAUUUAUACUUAAAUAUUGUCCGAGUUUCUUAUUCUGCAUAAUUUGAAAUGGAAGAAACUUGAAAUUAUAUAUAAAGGGAGAAUUGAGAACUCUGGGAAGAUAAAAUAUAAAAAUAUUGUUAAAUUAAUCAGAUUUUUUGUUUUGUCCUGGUAGUGUCAUUUUAUACAGAUAUGACUGCAUGAUCUCAGAUUUGUCUUCCGUUUUUUAUCCUUUAGACAUCAAUAUUUGGGCUAGUGUUGUAUGCCAUUUGUAUAUCAUUGUGCUUUGUUACAGGCAUGUUUGUUUUAUUACUUUUAAGGUUUUAAAUAAU